AUGCCGAUCCCCUAUCAUGUCGCCCCUUGGCCGACCCAAGGGCGCACCCCCACGAGCACCCCGGCCUCACGCCACCUCAAGGCGCCCAAUCGGCGAACCAGGCGGGCGGGCAACAUGCCAACACCUGCUGGCCAUAGUUCCCCCCCGGCGCCCGGAUGA